CAGUUUUCUUCAGAUGUUUGUGAGGGUUAGAGGGGUUCAGUGGUCGCGGCAGCCACGGAGCGGCGCAGGAGUGUGUGUGCGUGUGUGUGUGCGUGCGCGGGGCGGCUCCAGUUUCAAACACAGCGCCCAUCUUUAACGCAACACAACACAACCGGACAGACUCCGUCCCGUAGCGAGAUACCGCCGUUCAUGCAUGACGUGAAACUCAGGUAAUGAGGAAAGACAACAGAGAGAGCAAGGACACAACAAGAUGAUCGAAACAAUGGAUACCCAGCGUUGUCUGCAAGCGGUGGAGAGAUUACAGUCUCGCUUGAAAGAAAAGGGAGCAGAUGUUCCUGCUGAGGAGAAGCUGAAUCUUCUGAAGGCGGUCCUGCAGAGUCCUCUGUUUCACCAGAUCCUCGCCCUGCAGAAAUCAGUGCAGCAUCUGAAGGAACAUACUCCAUAUAUUAACUCUGAUCUGAAGGGCAGCAGUGAAGGAUUUUCAGCUCAGCUCAAUGGACAACCUUCAGCUGAAGAGUACAAACACAUCAUCCGCUCCAUGGCUCAGGGUCGGUACGUGACUCAAAUCGACCUGCUGAAGCCGCUAUCGGGUGGUUUAGGCUUUAGUGUUGUUGGCUUGUGUAGUGAGAACCGCGGAGAACUUGGCAUCUUCAUUCAAGAGAUUCAGGCUGGAAGUGUGGCAUUCAGUGAUGGAAAACUAAAGGAGGGUGAUCAGAUAUUGGCAAUUAACGGUCAGCCGUUGGAUCAGAGCGUCAGUCACCAACAGGCCAUUACUCUCCUGCAGCGAGCGUCGGACCACGUGAGCCUCACUGUUGCCCGUGGGCCCGUCCCGCAGCUCUCCAGCCCCGUUGUGUCCAGGACUCCCAGCGCUGCGAGCACACUUUCAGCUCACUCCAGUGCGACCCACUGGACUCAUGUGGAGACGAUCGAGCUGGUGAAUGACGGAACCGGAUUGGGCUUUGGGAUUGUUGGUGGCAAAACCACUGGCGUUAUUGUCAAAACCAUCCUGCCUGGAGGCAUCGCCGACCAGGACGGUCGCUUGCGAAGUGGGGAUCACGUCCUGCGGAUCGGUGAUACGGAUCUGUUUGGUCUGAGCAGCGAGCAGGUUGCUCAAGUUUUGAAACAAUGCGGAAACAGAGUCCGACUCCUCAUCAGCCGCGGGACGGCGGACGAUGCUCCACCCGCUCCUGUCGUCCUGCCGACCGUCACUGAGCAACAGGGUUUUGAGGAAGAGGAACAGGGCGCUUUCGAUGUGAGCUUGACGAAGAACGCUCAGGGUUUAGGCAUCACCAUUGCGGGAUAUGUGGGGGACAAAACAUCAGAUCCCUCUGGGAUCUUCGUGAAGAGCAUUUCGAGGGACAGCGCCGUGGAGCAAGACGGCCGAAUUCAUGUUGGGGAUCAGAUCAUAGCUGUAGACGGUGUGAAUAUCCAGGGUUACACUAACCAGCAGGCUGUGGAAGUUCUGCGACACACGAGUCAAACUGUGAACCUGAAGCUCGUCCGACGCGGUUUCAAACCAGAGGAUGCAUGUCCGCCAAUCAUACCUGUCACCGUGGAGGCCACACCCACCCUCAGCGCAUCCCAAAACUCAACAAUAGAGCGAACAAACACCAAGCAUGAUGAGAGAGUGUUUCUCACUCCAGAGGAAAACGCCAAACCUCAGUCUGUCACCGUUUCGCCCAUCAGAGCUGCAGAAAGACGCGACGGUGCUGUGAAGCUGAGCUCUGAGGAGGAACACCAGCUAAUGCAGAAGUGGCAGAAUGAGCUCGGCGUCUGCAGUGAAGUCAUUGUGGCUCAAGUUGAGAAGUUCAGUGAGAACAGCGGUUUAGGGAUCAGUCUGGACGUGUGCGCUGGCAGUCACAUCCUCCGCUCAGUGCUUCCUGAGGGACCUGUUGGGCGAUCGGGAAAAAUCUGUAGUGGAGACGAACUGCUAGAGGUGAAUGGCAUUCCCCUCAGAGGAGAGACUCAUAAAGAGGUUGUUGACAUUCUGAAAGAACUUCCUGUUUCUGUGACCAUGGUCUGCUGUAGAUCCGCCCCUCUAAUGACUGACAGCCAGACUGACCAAUCACAGCUAGAGGAUGUGGCCGCCAAUUCCAAAGUUCAGGUGCCGGGUGAGUUUGAGGAUUUCCUGAUCUCUGGCGAAUCAGAGGACAUCUUGAAAGAUCAUGUGACUGAGGAGCCCACCGGAACGCCGUUAGCGAUGUGGGAAACAGAGAUUCAGGAUAUCGAACUAGAGAAAGGAGAGAGCGGACUGGGCUUUAGCAUUCUGGAUUAUCAGGACCCAAUGGACCCGCUUAAGACUGUGAUUGUGAUUAGGUCGUUAGUUCCCGGCGGCGUAGCAGAGCGAGACGGACGCUUGUUGCCAGGAGACCGUCUCAUGUAUGUCAACAACAUCAACCUGGAGAGCGCCAGUUUGGAGGAAGCUGUGCAGGCUCUGAAGGGAGCGAACAUGGGUGCCGUCCGCAUCGGGGUGGCCAAACCACUGCCCACUGAGGAUGAGGAUGGCUCUUCGUCCUUCAUCUUCUCGGCUCUGCUGCUGAUGGAGGGCUGUGAUGGUGAGGAUGAGGAGGAUCAAGUUGUGUUCCGCGCUGAGCCUGCAGUGAUCGACUCUAGUGAUUUAGACCUGUCUGACGAAAAGGCGUUUGAUCGUCAUUUUCUGGAGGAGGAAGAGGACGAGAUGCUGCAGUCGAUGAUCGCUGAACACGGCAGUAUCUGCAGUGCUGAUCUGACCUAUCAGAUGAACAGACCCGCCUCCACACCGAAGAGGGAUGCCUACGUUUACGUUACUAUACGUGACCCUGAAUCACAAAACCAGUCUGAAGUACCACAGGAGGAGGAUGUUCUUCCAGAUAAACCCGCAGAUGAGGCGCAGCAGCUGAAUGCCGCCGCGGGGAGCAGCUUCGAGAGGACCAUCACUGUGGUCAAGGGCAAUGCCAGUCUAGGUAUGACGGUGUGCGCGCUGAAGGACGGGCCCGGUAUGCUGAUCCGCAGCAUCAUUCACGGUGGCUCCAUCAGCCGGGACGGCCGGCUCGGGGUCGGGGACCUGAUUCUGGCCAUCAAUGGAGAACCAACAGGGAAUCUGACCAACGCUCAGGCGCGAGCCAUGCUGCGCAGACACUCUCUGAUCGGACCAGACUUAGGAUCCACAGGUGCCGCGGGGGAAGAGCUGAGCCCCGUCUCUGUAAUCACGUAUGUUCCUGCAGAAUAUUUAGAGGAAUACAGAGCAAGCCAGCAGCUCCAGAGUGAAGAUCUCUCUGAUGGCAAAAUCAGCACUCAACAUCAGACAGUCUCAGAUCUUCCAGAGAGAGAAGAUGGAGAGGGACAGGAGAGUGAACGACAGACAGCAGCUUCUAACAACUGGAAUCUGCCACGGAGAGUGGAGUUGCACAGGGAAGCUGGGAAAUCACUGGGCAUCAGCAUUGUUGGUGGGCGGGGCAUGGGCAGUCGCCUUAGCAACGGGGAAGUGAUGCGGGGCAUCUUUAUUAAACACAUCCUGGAGGACAGUCCAGCGGGACGCAACGGCACACUAAAGACAGGAGACAGGAUUUUAGAGGUGGGCGGAGUGGAUCUACGUGAUGCCAGUCAUGAGCAGGCUGUGGAGGCCAUCCGGAAUGCUGCAAACCCUGUGGUGUUCCUGGUGCAGAGCAUUGUUCACAAAGACAGAAAACCUCCCAUAGCCCUGCUACAGCUGAAGCGCUCAGAGCAACCCCUCCAUCCCUACCCCGAAUCCUGCUUUACAUACAAACCGCUACAGACAUCUGCUCUGGAUGCAGUGGAAGACGUUUCAGCCUUCAAUCUGAAGAGCAGCAGCGAGAAGGCUGUUGACACUCACAGUAGACCUUUCCUCCGUCUGUGUCCGACUAAUCCUUUCACUCCUACACCGUUUAAGCUGAAUCGGGAGGAGGGAAAAAGCUUCCUGUCACUGCCCGUCGUUCCACAUGUCGGGGAAACAGAUUCAGAUACGCUGACUGAGAUCCCCGACAGACUCGUUCUGCAUAACGACGGCCCUGAUGAGGAAGAGGAGGAUGAGUACGGAUACAGCUGGAAGAAGGUAACGGAGCGGUACGGUCGUUUACCGGGUGAGCUGCACAUGAUCGAGUUGGAGAAGGGUCGCACGGGUUUGGGUUUGAGUCUGGCAGGGAACCGCGAUCGUUCACGCAUGAGUGUGUUUGUGGUGGGCAUCGAUCCCAACGGCGCCACUGGCCAAGACGGACACAUCGUGGUGGGAGAUGAACUGCUGGAGAUCAACGGUCAGGUUCUGUACGGCCGCAGUCAUCAGAACGCCUCUGCCAUCAUUAAAAGCGCACCUUCAAAGGUCAAGAUCAUCUUCAUCCGAAACAGAGAUGCUUUGAGUCAGAUGGCUGUCGGGCCGAUGAAGGAGACGGACUCACCGGAUGCACACACAGAGACAGAGACGCCCAGUUCAACACUAGACGUGAUUCAGCAUAUUACUCUUCCUGUGGAGGAUGGAGGGCUGGGUUUGCUCUUGAAGGAGGAUGACAGCAGGAGCGGAUGCAUCAUUCAGAGUGUGGAUGAGAACGGAGCAGCUGGAAGGGACGGGAGGAUGGCAGCGGGACACCGGCUGCUCGCAGUAGAUGAUGAGAUGGUGCUGGGACUCUCUGUGGAACAGGUGAUGUCAUUACUGCAGAAAGCCCAACAAUCAGUGAAACUCACUAUCUGUGCUGACUCCACCUCCCAACCCUCCUUUUCCAAUCAGAUUUGCUCAGGAUCAGACACUGGAAGCAGCCUGCCGCCAGUUUCUCUGACAUCAUCAGAGACAGAGCCAAUCAGGAAUUCGAGCAGAUGUUCCACACCGGCGACUUUAGCGUCUGAUCCGGCGACGUGUCCCAUCAUCCCCGGCUGUGAGACCACUAUAGAGAUCUGCAAAGGCAGAACAGGAUUGGGGCUGAGCAUCGUGGGCGGCUGUGACACGUUACUGGGCACUAUAAUAAUUCAUGAGGUGUAUGAGGAGGGAGCUGCGUCUAAAGACGGCCGACUGUGGGCAGGAGAUCAGAUUCUGGAGGUGAACGGUAUAGACCUGCGCGUGGCGACGCACGACGAGGCCAUCAAUGUUUUGCGGCAGACUCCGCAGCGCGUCCGACUGUCGGUCUUCAGAGACGAGGGUCAGUAUAAGGAGGAGGAGCUGUGGGACUCGCUGAGCGUCGAGCUUCAGAAGAAACCCGGCCGCGGCCUCGGACUCAGCAUCAUCGGGAGAAGGAACGACACAGGAGUGUUCGUGUCGGACAUUGUGAAGGGUGGAGUGGUGGAGACUGACGGACGGCUGAUGCAGGGAGAUCAGAUCCUCUCAGUUAACGGCGAGGACGUUCGUUCAGCCACACAGGAGUACGUGGCCGCGCUGCUCAAGAGUUGUGCCGGACCAAUCAGAUUGGAGCUGGGUCGUUUUAAGGCGGGGCCGUUCCACUCCGAGCGCCGUCUGUCUCAGAGCAGUCAGAUAAGUGAGACGGGCAGCGGUAAAAUCACUCCUCACUCCAGCUCUGCAGUUUUACUGGGAGACGCAGAGAAAACACACGAAUUGCUGGAUAAAGACGUCAGGACGGUUGAAUUCACAAAGGGCCCAUCAGACUCUCUGGGCAUCAGUAUAGCAGGAGGGGUGGGCAGUCCUCUGGGUGACGUGCCCAUAUUCAUCGCCAUGAUGAACCCCAGCGGCCUGGCAGCACAGACACAGAAACUCUGGAUUGGAGACAGGAUUGUGUCUAUCUGUGGGAACUCGACUGAAGGAAUGACUCAUAAUAAAGCCGUUUCACUGCUGAAGAACACGAUAGGCAUCAUACAACUACAGGUUGUUGCUGGCGAUACAACAGUAACUGGACCGUCAGCGGAGCAGACAGCAGGACUCACAGCCAGCAGCAUUUUCCACGAUGACCUGGGUCCUCCGCAGUGUAAGAGCAUUAGUUUGGAGAGAGGGCCUGACGGACUCGGCUUCAGUAUCGUGGGUGGAUUCGGCAGUCCUCACGGUGACCUUCCCAUCUACGUUAAAACCGUCUUCAGCAAGGGCGCCGCGGCAGAGGACGGCCGUCUGAAGCGUGGGGAUCAAAUCAUCGCCGUCAACGGCCAGAGUUUGGAGGGAGUCACUCAUGAGGAGGCCGUCUGUAUUCUGAAGAAAACCAAAGGAACCGUCACACUCACUGUGUUGUCAUGAACACACACAGCUCCUGUAGUUGUUUAAACACUGGAUUACACACUAUGAAUGAUACAGCUGUUUACUGCUAGUUUGUGGAGAAACCAGCAGACUACUACAAUCUGCCAUACUACGCUGGGAGUGUAAAAACUCAGCGCUGCUGCAAUCCACGCAUGCAUAUGUGCUUUAAAAUGAAAAAAGUGCACAUAGCUGCAUGACAUCUCUGGUUACAACAUACUUUUCCGUCAUUUGAUAAUUAGAAAGUGCUCAAAAAGCUCUUUUCUGUUGCAAAUUGACCCUCUUUGGUUUCCAUGCAUUUUGCUAAAAAUGUGUAAAACACUAAAAAUUUAUGUAAAAACCCUAGUAAAAAAGUAAUAGAUUUAAAAUACAUUUAUUUUAUACUAAGUAUAGUUCAAAUCUAUUUACAUGAUUACUAACACAUCGCUCGAGACUUACAGAUAUAAAUAUUGUAAUUAAACUUCUAUCUGGAAAACUACUUGUGCACAAUGUAGUCUAAAAUGUUUUAAUGCCACUAUUGAUGAGGAUUGUAUGAUCUUUAAAUAUUAUUGGUCUUUAAAUCUUUAAAAAGUGUACCUAAAGUAUACUUGCAAUAGCUCCACUUUAGCACAGUCAAAUAUACUUAAGUAUAUCUUUAGUUGGACUUCAGCACUACUUCCGUACAAUUAAAGUGCAUUAAGUACAAAAUAGUUGUUUACAUUUAGCAGACUUUAAAUAUACCAGUUUUUGUAUAUUAAAAGUACAACUGGAGGGUGUUUUUAAGUACAUAAUAUGUACAGUACAUGUAUUUGUAGUAUACUUAGCAUGAAAUAAAUGCAUUUCAAAUACAUUUCAGUAUAUUGACUAAAAUGUAUUUGAAAGUAAAUAAACGUAAUAAUUCCCAUCUGUUUCUGUUGUGUUAGAGGUCAAUAUGACAUAUUUUUAUGUUCAAAAUGAGCUGAGUUAUAUAUGUAUGUAUAUGUGUGCGUGUAACAUGACUACUUGUAGUGAAUAUUUGCACACACAGGUGCAAGUAAUUAAAAGUAUAAAUAGUAUCUAACAGUAUUUGUAUCUAGUGUACUAAUUAUUGCUGAUUGUACGCCUUCUGCAUUGUUUUUGUAAUUUGAAAGUAAAUUGUGCAUUUAGAAGACAUCUUCAAUUUUGACUAAACUCAAAAAGUCGUAAAUUUCUUUUUUGCAUCGAUUUUUGACAAACUGCAUGGAAACCAGUGAGGUUCAUAUUGACCCCAAUGCAUUUGCACAGCCUUUACAAAACACUUAUGUGCAUUGAAACUUUGCAUGCACAGUUAUAACCGUAAAUGAGAAAUAUUUACCAAAUUUAAAAAGAGAAAUAAAUAGCUUGACCAGUGUUUCAGAAAAUCAAAUUGACCCACAAUUCAACAGGAGGGUUCAAAACUCUAUUUGCUUCCAACAUUAGUCAUGUUGGGAAAAUGUCAGUGAAUUUUUGUGCAAUUAGUCUUGGGGAAAAAAAAAUUACUGAAUAGAAUAUUUUCUAUAGCAGUUGUGGUAUUAUUUGAAAAAGUUUUUUGAGCACGACUUUUUCAAAAAUGCAGAGCUUCUUACAAUUGAAGGAUCUCAGUAUGUUUGGUUUUAAAAAACCAAAUGUAAAAAUUCUAGAACAAAAUGUAAAAAAAAAAAAGUAAGCAAUACUCCUAGUUUUA